CACCACCACUACCACUACCACCUUAAUCGGGCUCUCUCUUCGGGGCGAGCGCACGAGGUCCGCGGAUGCAGUUAGAGGAGCGCUGUCAUUAUUCGUCGCUGCCUCGCGGCAGCUCGAGGGCCGCGAUGAGGGCCAACUCGGCGACGAUGUGUACGCCGAUCGAGGAGCGGCUCGAGCAGAAUCUCAAGGUGAGAACUGGUUUGGUGGCGGUAAGCGAUGGCAAAAUCAAACCCAUACCCACGAGACUCCAUCUUACGAUGGAAGUUCUUAAGCUUCAGAGGGAAGAUUUGGAGAUGGCAAAUCAUAACAAGAUACCUGCGGACACUAAGGAAAGGAUGGUACAAAUUACAAGACAAAAGAUUGGAGGCUUGGGUCUGAGUAUUAAGGGUGGAGCAGAACAUAAAUUACCCGUACUCAUAUCUAGAAUUUAUAAAGGUCAGGCUGCGGACCAGUGUGGCCAACUCUUUGUUGGAGAUGCUAUUAUUAAAGUCAAUGGGGAGUAUAUUACCGCAUGUAAUCACGAUGAUGCCGUCAAUAUUCUUCGAAAUGCCGGUGAUAUUGUCGUUUUAACUGUCAAGCACUAUCGAGCAGCAAAACCAUUUUUACAAAAAACAGAGAAAGAAGAAAAUUUAAAUCAUACAAGUAACGGCGCACUGGAAGAUGGCUGGAUUUCACCUAGCAAAUUGGUACCGAGUAGUCCAAAAGGAGGUGGGGGGCAUAGCAGACAAGGCUCAAAUGCUUCGAGCAGCUCGAUUAAACAAAAGAAAUGGAUCGAUAUAGUUACCGUGCCCUUGAUGAUGGCAUACGUUACGAGAUACAUCUUUGGCACUGAUAAGUUAAGGCGCAAUGGGUUCGAAGUGAGAGGCUUGAAUGGAGCUCGAACCGGGGUAAUACACUGCGAUGAUACUGCUAUCCUUAGUCAGUGGCUUAAAUAUAUCGCUGAUAAUAUUACUAGCUUGACUUACCUACAGCUGAAGUUGUAUAAUCGAAAUUUCGGAAUUGGCGAACGGAUUGAGUAUAUGGGAUGGGUAAACGAAGCUGUUAGCAACAGUAAUCAGCUGUGGCAAAGUUAUAGACCAAGGUUCUUAGCUCUCAAGGGUCCGGAUUUGUUACUUUUUGAAACACCACCCUGCAAUAUAGGCGACUGGUCUCAUUGCGCGCUCACCUUCAAAGUCUAUCAAACGCUGUUUCGCGUGAUGCGCGAGUCGGAGAACGUGGACGAGAGACAGCAUUGCUUCUUGGUCCAGAGUCCGGGGAAGCCGCCCCGGUAUCUAAGCGUGGAGACGAGACAGGAAUUAUUGAGAAUCGAGGCUGCCUGGCACACCGCAGUCUGCUCCGCAGUUACACAUCUCAAGAGCAAAACGUUUCCUAUAACGUUAAAUGGAAGACCAGCUGGUUUAACAUUAGAUUGGUCUCAAGGAUUCACUCUGACAUUUGAAGGAACGACAGAUCCCGUUUGGAGGUACAAAUUCCAUCAACUUCGCGGUUCUAGUGAUGACGGGAAGAGCAAAUUAAAAUUGCAUUUUCAAGAACAUGAUAGUAUUGCUAUUGAAACUAAGGAAUUGGAAUGCUCUCAACUACAGAACUUAUUAUUCUGUAUUUACGCAUUUAUCACAGCAAGAGUUGCGGCGGUGGAUCCGACAUUUUUGAGAUCGACGACUCCGUAAGAUACAAGACGUAAAUUCGAAUUACGCACGACUGAGAAAGCUAUAUAGAUCACCAUUGAAACCAAUCGAUCAUUUCUUUAAUUUUUCCUUCGUUACACUAAACAAAUAAUUAUACUCAGUGAGAGUGUUUUUGUGCGAGGCGUAUAACGCAAUGACUUAUAAACUAAACUAAAAUUAACAAAUACUAGUCAAGAAUCUCACGUAGGCUUUCACGCGCACGUACUAUUGACUCGACCAAAUAAGCCCUCCAGAUUUUAAUAUUAC